UUGUGAAGACAGGCUUCUCCGCACAGUGCGUGCGCAUUUUCCCUCUCAGUCGCUCUCUACUUACUCGAAUGAUAGAGAGCAAAUGCGCAUCGUCUCUUAGGCAGCUUCUCCAAGGAGUUCAACACCACUGUGGGAAAAAUCCAGGGAAGAGGAAAGGGGGAAUAUUUCUGGAACUCACAGCAGUUGUUUGCCGAAGCAGGCGUGAAGGACAAGACAACCCGUUUUCUGCAGCAGUUGCAAAGGGCUCCCAUUUACUGUAGUUUCUCUAGACUCCCUAGAAGACCAUGACCAGUCCACUGGAAAAGGCUGUGGCCCAGAAGAAGGAGGCCAUUGAGGCUGUCAUGGAGAUGUUUGAGCGGGGGGCGGAGGUAGUGGCCAGCGCAGUCGGGGAGCUAUUCCCCCUGUGCGAGGCGGCCGCCCCGGUCCUGCGGUUGGUCCUGGACAACGUGCACAGCAAGGAGGUCUUCUACGUCAAGGAGCAGUUUUUGGUUGUGCGAAACCAGCUAGAUAUCCUCUCCACCCAGCUGGAGAACAUAGAUAAUGAGAUCAAGAAGGGACGGUUGGACUCCCAGUACUUCUCUGUGGAGGAGAACCUCCGGAACCAGUUCCGCAAGUAUAUGGACAUCCUGGAGGCCAAGCCAGAGUUCCGGGAGGUCAAGACCAGACUGUUUCUGGAGCACUUUGGCAAAACAGGAGGGGACAAAAACCUCCACGUGCUCUAUGAUGCUGUGAUGGGGAGAAACACUUUUGGGGAGUCCAUUCUAGAGGUAGUGGAAAGAUAUGAGGCCAGGAACAGGAGAACCCUGGAGGAUUUCUGUGUUCGAAUGAAAGAGCUCUUCUGCCUGGGGCUGAUCUCUCUGCUGGGCCACUGUGCACUGACACAUGGGGAGGAGCAAGAGCAGGCAAUGAUUGAGGAUUGGAACCAGAAGAUCCAGGAAGUGGAGACCAGGAUGAAGAUUACUAUUGAGGAGUGUGUGGCAGCCUUCCCAGAACAGGCUUGUCUGGACAUAAAGCAGUUGGUCCAUGGGAAGGAGGAGAAGAGCAACCAGGACACAGCUGAGGCACUGCAACAGUUCCUGACCAGGAAAUACGACUGGGUGAGCUGGUCAGUUCGUGUGAUCAACCAUUCUGGCAGCAGCUACCGGAACUGGCGCGCUGGGGACAACUUCCAGCAUGUGGUGGGCCAGAACUGGUUUGACGUGUUGCAGGUGAAUGACACCAACGUGGUGGUGUCCUACAGCUGUAGUCCCCAGCCGGUGCCCAAGGACUGCAUCCGGCAGCUGAUGGAGGGCCUGGCGAAGAAAGGAAACGUCCAGGCUGUGGUGGAGGCCCUGCAGAAGCAGCUGCCCGGGUUUGUGGCACACGCAGUGAGCCGCCACAAGGAGAGCUGUGCGGCCUGGAGCUUUCCAGAGGACUGCCAUUACUGGGAGAGGCACAAGAACGUGGCACUAUGCGUGCACUCUGAGUGAGCUAGCACUUUUACACACAACAGUGUGAUGACCCAAUUCAUCUGCACCUAACUUAUACUGGUGGAUUGUCAUUAUUUGUUUUAUGUACUCCCUGUUAGACUAGCCUCGAAAAGAAAGUUAAAGCUUUGCUGUAGACAUAUAGACAUGAGAUAAAACAUACAUAUACUGUAUGAAGGUCAAAGGUAAUUUGUGCCACAACGACCAAACCUUCAACAAGGCAGACUUCCUUGAAAAGGGUUAUAUUAGAUCCCAAAUUACGAACAUGAUGAGAUCAGAGGUGAGCUCUGUUCUGAGUGGGCAUAGGAGGGCCAUGUCUUCCUGUUUGGAUGUAAUUCAUACAGUUUUUCAUGAUUUCUAUUUAUAUAAAGGUCUGUAUGUGUGCAAAAAAAGAUUGACGGCCAUUGCCAAAUUGCUAUACACAUUUUCUAAGUUCUCCAGGACCAAGGUGGGCCUGUCUCGAUCUGUUUACAAUAACCGUGAGCCUUCAAAGCAGUAUAUAUAAUUAUAUGUAAUUAACCAGGGUUUAGUAAUAGAUAGUAAAAAUAAAUGUAAAAACAGGCCAUUUAUUUAGUUUAUUUUGAUUGGAUAUUUUGGAAAUGAUCUAAUUGAUGCUGUGUAUCUUUAUGAUACAAAAGUAGUGUGACUUUAAAAUAAUCAUUUAUGCAUGUCCAUUAUCACUUCAACUCUGUACUCAUAUAAAGUAAACAUAUGCACAUGCAUGUCCCAACUUGUAUCUGUGAAAAAUGAUGUGAGAAAUUAGGUAAGAUGAUGUUUAAAUACUAAAGUGUAAUUAUUCACCAUUACAUUGAUGUAAUUAGCAGUAUUUCACUGUAAUAAAUGUUAAAAA